AUGGCGGGAGGGCUUAGCUAUGACGAGCUAUUGCAAGCCUUUCGGCGUAGUCAAGCCAAGCUCGCCAAGGCUGAGGAGACCAUAGAGCCUGACCUCGCGUCUGAGCUGUAUGUAGCCCGAGCCAAGACGACUGCCAUCCAGCGGGAGUACGAGCGAGCGCAAGCACUUGCUGAGGAACAAGCUCUGGUCCUGGAGCAUGCUCUUGCCGGAAAGAACGCACUCGCUGACGAGCUCCGCGCAGUGACAGCCGAGCGCGACGCCCUGGCUGCCGAGGUCGACGCUCUCGAGGCCGAAAUCCGCGUUCUCCGCCUCCGUCUCACUGCAGACGUCGAGGCCAAGACAGACACCUCGUCUCGUGCCCGCCGCCGCGCUUACAAGGCCAAGCUGGCUGAGCAGAUCGAGCUGGAGCAGCAGGCGAUUGACGCCCUGGUCCAUGCUCUGGUCGACGAGCAAAAGGCAAAGAUCAAGCUCGACCGCCGCGCCGCACCGCCCCCCACCGUCUCUUCCACCAGACGAUCGGUCCACGCUACUCGCUCGACUCCAGCCCACCUCGCCCACCAUCCGCCCCAUUCCAUCCAGCGUCCGCCGUCGCCGCCGCCCAUGCCGCAUGGUGCUGUCGAUGUCCACACCGCCGCCGAUGGCUCCCACAUGUAUGUGUUGUAA